AUGAGUGUUCAAUAUCCCAAGAAAUUCUUUGUUAUUGCCUUUGCUGUAAUCGCAGCUGCUUCAGCCGCUUCUAUUGCCACGGAUUACCUUCCCCCAGUGGACAACAACUUGGAAGCUGCUUCCGAAGAAUUUGCCGUUGAGACUCCUUUGGCUGAUGAUGGAUACCGAUACAAGACCGUGCGUCGUCUUAAGCUGCGCCAUCGUCGUGAUGUAAGCGAGCUGCCCUCCGCCGAAUACCUGCCCCCAGUUGAAGCUGCUUCCGAGGAGGUUGCAGUGGAGACCCCUUUGGCUGAUGAUGGUUACCGUUACAAGACUGUCCGUCGUGUGAUCCGUCGUCGUCGUGAUGUUAACGAGCUGCCCUCUGCCGAAUACCUGCCCCCAGUUGAAGCUGCUUCCGAGGAGGUUGCCGUUGAGACCCCUUUGGCUGAUGAUGGUUACCGUUACAAGACUGUCCGUCGUGUGAUCCGUCGUCGUCGUGAUGUUAACGAGCUGCCAUCUGCCGAAUACCUGCCCCCAGUUGAAGCUGCUUCCGAGGAGGUUGCCGUUGAGACCCCUUUGGCUGAUGAUGGCUACCGUUACAAGACUGUCCGUCGUGUGAUCCGUCGUCGUCGUGAUGUUAACGAGCUGCCCUCCGCCGAAUACCUGCCCCCAGUUGAAGCUGCUUCCGAGGAGGUUGCCGUUGAGACCCCUUUGGCUGAUGAUGGUUACCGUUACAAGACUGUCCGUCGUGUGAUCCGUCGUCGUCGUGAUGUUAACGAGCUGCCCUCCGCCGAAUACCUGCCCCCAGUUGAAGCUGCUUCCGAGGAGGUUGCCGUUGAGACCCCUUUGGCUGAUGAUGGUUACCGUUACAAGACUGUCCGUCGUGUGAUCCGUCGUCGUCGUGAUGUUAACGAGCUGCCCUCCGCCGAAUACCUGCCCCCAGUUGAAGCUGCUUCCGAGGAGGUUGCCGUUGAGACCCCUUUGGCUGAUGAUGGUUACCGUUACAAGACUGUCCGUCGUGUGAUCCGUCGUCGUCGUGAUGUUAACGAGCUGCCCUCCGCCGAAUACCUGCCCCCAGUUGAAGCUGCUUCCGAGGAGGUUGCCGUUGAGACCCCUUUGGCUGAUGAUGGUUACCGUUACAAGACUGUCCGUCGUGUGAUCCGUCGUCGUCGUGAUGUUAACGAGCUGCCCUCCGCCGAAUACCUGCCCCCAGUUGAAGCUGCUUCCGAGGAGGUUGCCGUUGAGACCCCUUUGGCUGAUGAUGGUUACCGUUACAAGACUGUCCGUCGUGUGAUCCGUCGUCGUCGUGAUGUUAGCGAGUUGCCCUCUGCCGAAUACCUGCCUCCAGUUGAGGCUGCCUCUGCCGUUUCACCAAUCAUCGAUGUGCCUGCUGAGCAGACCGUGUUGGCUGAUGAUGGCUACCGCUACAAGACCGUCCGUCGUCUUAAGCUUCGCCGCCAUUAAAGUCUCUGGCCAAACACUCGCCUAUCGCAGCAUUCAAGAUUCCUACUGAGAAGAUGAACAGUUGCCUAGAAGAGAAGUGUCAGAAUAUGUAUUAGUCAAUCUGAAACGUUUAUGAAUAACUCCGAGUACAAACAACGAAUAAACAAUAAAAGAAAAAUGUUAAAAAACAAA